AUGCAAUGUGACCGCUGUCCUCUGGAGUUCUGGUCCAACAGCCAUCUGACCGCCUGCGUCCCUCGUCAGCUCGAGUUCCUCUCUUUCAACGACGUCAUCGGCGUCACCCUGACCACUGUUGCCGUGUGCGGCACUGUGUCAACAGUGUCUGUGUUUGUGUUCUUUGUGUACCACCGCAACACCUCUCUGGUGAUCAUCUGUGCCGUGUGGCUGUCCGUGAGCUCUCCUCUGCCUUACCGUGACCUAGGCCUCAAGGGGUCAAAGGUCAUCCUGGAGUGUGAGGUUGGCCCUGUGGUCGGUUUCUCUCUGGUGCUGGGCUACAUCGGCCUGCUGGCCUCCCUCUGUCUCUUCUUAGCCUUACUGCCCAGGAAACUCCCAGACAUCUUCAAGGAAGCCAAGUUCAACACCUUCAGCAUGCUGAUCUUCUGUGCUGUGUGGAUUUCAUUCGUCCCUGCCUACAUCAGCUCUCCUGGGAAGUACGCAGACUGCUCUGCAUCUUCGCACCAAAGAGUUACAUCAUCCUCCUGAGACCAGAGAGAAACACCAAGAAACACAUGAUGUCCAAUUAGAAACCACCAAGAAACAACACAUGAUGUCCAAUUAGAAACCAGUAAGAAAUAUAUGAUGUCCAAUUAGAAACCACCAAGAAAUAUAUGAUGUCAAAUUAGAAACCACCAAGAAACACAAGAUGUCCAAAUAUAGUCUUCAUUGUGUUUUGUUCAUCACUCCAUCUCACUAUUGUUUUGUAACGUAAACUCACUCACUUUUGUACAUCGCCUUGGUCCGUACAGUUGACCUUAUUUUAGCGCCCCAAAAACGUAAUUCUUCCAGAUCAACUGUAAUGUCAAUACCAUUGUAAAGCACAAUUUCUCCCCUUUCCAACAGAAUCAAUUACAUGACCGCCACGCU